GUUCAGGGGAUGAACAGCGUGCUGCUCGCCGUUGACGUUAUCUGUCGGCUACCCGGCCUUGCGCUUGUUGUAUUCCGCCGCCGACUAUAGUGUUGGUGUGAAACGACUCACAUUUGAACGGUUCGAGAUUCGAGCUCUUGUGGCGUGGUGAAUUUCAGCGUGCUCGGUGCUAUAAUCGAACAUCAGUUUCAUGCAGCGCAAUAUGUCAGACAACUUUUUGAAGUGAAAAUUUUUGACAGCCCCCAGUCGAGAUCGGAACGAUAGUCAGCCAGUUCAGUCCAGUACGAUACGGUCGUCGGUUCAACCUUCAACUCGUGUGCGCGAAUUUGCAAAUUGCUGGUCUCGUUGGGAGUAAAGUUAAGUCUUUAUGAGACAAAAUUGGUGGCUUCCAGCUUGCAGGUGAAGGUAGCCAUUUCCGUAUUGGCCGUAGCGGUCGUGGCGUCGCCCAAGAAAUGAAAAUAAUUCGGUGAUUGUGAAUUGAUUUUUUGCGAAAGAAUCAUUUCGUUCGGAGUGACGAAAAAAGUGUGACCAACGAGGUGAAGUGGAAAAUAUUCGAGUGCUUUUUUCGCCUUGGGGAGGUGUGAAAACUGAGAGAACGUGUGUGUCUCGUGGAAACUGGGGUUUCCUGUGCGGAAUUGCGUGUGAAGUUUGUCUACGCCAAUGAGCUGAGACGACAAUAGUUUCCGUAGGGUGGCCACCGACGAGUGCCUCCUGAUGUAGUUCCGUGACUAAUCGCGAUUUAGAAUUUUAACCAGGGGUAUCACAAAAACAGAACACUGCAUGCCGCUGUCCUUUGAGAUCAUACAAACACCAGGUUCUGCACCAAUAUGGUUUUUGUGUGAUUGACAAGUGUUGAUAAAAGCGGCAGUAUUAUCAAUCCAUACAAAAAAAAACCUUCAUCGCUCAUUCGGAGCAAUCAAAGAAGCGUUCGGGCUCAGGAUCUGUUCGACUGUCUGUGAGGAAAGAAACCGAUUGCGUGUCAUAUUCUCGGGAGCUUGGGAGAUAACCGGACUCGUUUACUAAAGUGAGGCGACAGCUGCUAAGAGCGAGGAUUUCCCAUCGAAUCGAUGCGCGAACAAAUCCCGUCCAACUAAUCGGAAACUCACCCAGUCUGGCGAGCAUUGUUAUCAUUCGCCACCGCAUCCAUCGUGCCAUGCACCAACUUUGCUCCUGCAGAACUGCUAUGUACGUCGUGGACCACCUUUUUGUCCGGAGAUAGCAUAGCCACAUUGGUAUUGAAGUAUUUCGCUGAUUAACAACCACUACAAUUGCCACCGCCAUCACCACGCAGCACAAUCAUCACCGCCACCAACUACGAGUGCUACUGCUGCUGCUGCUGCAAUCUCAAAGCCACAAUUACUUUAGUUUAAUUUCCCGUGCGAAAAUCGUCAGAGCUAAACCUCCCUGACGUCCAAUUCAUCUCAAAAGUCACACCAACCAUGCCCCUUGACAACAUCAAAGAUGAUCCUCCGCCUAGCAGCGGAGGACCCACCACUUCACCCGUCCCAUCUCUGAAAGCUGAUAUCCCGGAUCAGGCCAACGGUUACCAGGAGCUACACAGUUCCAUGCGAAGCAACAAAUCCACCAAGUCCAAAACGUCCAACUUCGACCGUAACCACGAGAAACGCCACCCGGAUAGGCUAUCCACCCUGGUCGAACUCCUCAACGAAACCUCUCAAGCGUCCACGCACGACAUCCUGAACGACGGCGAAGAGGACCAAAUGUUCAUCACCGGGUACGAAAGAUCUCGCGCCAAGACAUUCUUCUGUCAUCUCGGUUUCUUCCUGACGCUCGGAAUCAUGCGGCUGGUGAUGCAUUGGUGGCAACACUGGCUCCUGCUGGCAACCCACCGAAAGUGCUCAUUGGAAGUGGCCCAGAAGGUGCUGGUGCACGAGCGGUACCAGGGAAAACACGACGCCUUCUACGUCAAGAACGUCAUCACCAUGGAUGCCGAAUCGAUCAAGGAAGUCGCCGCCGGCUCCAAGCGUCUUACGCCCAAUGGAAAGCACAUCGUCAAAGAGCUGGAACAGAUCGGCAUCACCAACCGUGUGCAGUUUUUCCAGCAAAUCAACCCGUUCCAGGUAGCGUUUCACCAGUCCGGCGGCAAGUUUCUCCACUACAGCGAGAUUCGAUUCUUCAGCUGCAAGAAGCUCCGUUACAUCUGGAACAAGGAAUCCAAGCGUUUCCUUAAACUCACCGGUAUGGACGUGAACGUUCCCAGUGUCAGCAUCCACCACACCAAGGGCCUGUCCGUGUACGAGCAGAACAUCCGACGAUUGGUCUACGGAACGAAUGAAAUUCUGAUCCCGCUGAAAGGGGUCCUUACCUUGCUGUUCCUGGAAGUAUUGAACCCCUUCUACGUGUUCCAGAUCUUCUCUGUGAUGCUGUGGUUCGUUUACGAUUACUACUACUAUGCCACGGUUAUCAUCCUGAUGAGCGGCUUCGGUAUUACGGCGUCUAUUCUCCAAACGCAGAAGAAUCAGAAGGCGUUGUAUUCUACGGUGAAGAACAGCGAUACGGCAACGGUGAUCCUUGACAACUGCGAAUCGGAACAGAUCGAAACAAGAUUCUUGGUGCCUGGUGAUGUGGUUGAAAUUCCGGCCACCGGAUGUACAAUGCAAUGCGACGCCGUGCUGAUCUCCGGAAACUGUAUCUUGGACGAAUCGAUGCUGACCGGCGAGAGUGUUCCCGUUACGAAAACUCCACUCCCGCUCAAGCGUGAUCUGAACUACGACAAGAAGGAGCACGCUCGCCAUACGCUGUUCUGCGGGACAAAGGUUAUCCAGACUCGCUACAUUGGCAGUGAAAAAGUGUUGGUGAAGGUGAUCAAUACGGGAAACAUCACGGCCAAGGGUGGACUGAUCAGAUCGAUCUUGUACCCUCCUCCAGUGGAUUACAAAUUCGAGAAGGACUCGUACAAGUUCAUCAUGGUUUUGGCGUUCCUCGCCGGGUGCGGAUUCCUCUACACUGUGAUCACAAAGAUAUUGCGAGGUGUUGGUGUGCUGAAAAUCGUUGUAGAAUCUCUGGAUUUGAUUACCAUCGCAGUACCCCCAGCUUUGCCAGCAGCCAUGACAGUCGGUCGCAUGUACGCUCAGAAACGAUUGCAGAGGAAAAACAUCUACUGUGUGUCGCCACGAGCCAUCAAUGUGUCCGGAAGUAUCGAUUGCGUGUGUUUCGACAAAACUGGUACCUUGACUGAGGAUGGACUGGAUAUGUGGGGUGUAUUACCCAAGGACUCGACCAACAAUUUCCAGAUUCCACUUACGCAAAUCAACCGGCUACCCAUGACGGAACACCUACUCAGCGGGAUGGUAACGUGUCACUCGAUAACCUUCGUCAACGGAGAAAUGCGAGGCGAUCCGCUGGAUCUGAAGAUUUUCGAAUCAACCGGGUGGAUAUUGGAGGAGGCGAACGUAUCCGAUGAGACCAAGUAUGAUCUGCUGUUUCCGACGAUCGUGAAGCCACCUCGCGGCGACUCUAGAGAUGGUUUGAAUCUGGAACUGGACGUGGCGUACGAUAACUCGAACGAUAUCGGUGUUGUGCGUGAGUUUUCUUUUACCAGUGCACUCCAGCGGAUGUCUGUGAUCACAAGAAAGCUUUCGGAUAACCACUUCAACGUGUACGUCAAAGGUUCGCCAGAGAUGAUUAGCAGCUUGUGUAAACCGGACAGCAUCCCGGAAGAUUUCACUUCGAAGCUAGGGUUUUACGCGCAACAAGGCUACCGGAUCAUUGCGAUCGCUUACAAAUCUCUAGAUAAGAAAAUGAACUACUCGAAGGUUCAGAAGGUGUCGAGGGAAAAAGUUGAAAGUGAUUUGGAGUUUUUGGGAUUUGUCAUCCUGGAGAAUCGAUUGAAAGCGGACACAGAAGAAGUGAUCGAGAGUUUGAAUGUUGCGAGUGUGCGGUGCAUAAUGGUGACGGGAGAUAACUUGCUUACCGCUGCGAGUGUGGCGCAUGACUGCGGAAUGAUUAUGCCGGGACAGAGCUUGGUGACACUGACGGCACACGUGGACAAACACAAUCCGAAUAAGCAUUUCCUCAGCUAUGAUAUAACGGGGCAACCGCAGCUGACCCAGUCAGAUAUAAUCAACGAUAAUAAGGUUAGCAGCGACAAACGGAACGGCAAUUACGCGAUGAUGACGCAGUCCAACAGUGUCAGUAGCUGUGAAACGGUCGACACCUGCACUAUCUCGACGCAGUUGAGUGGGUUCGACAAGGACGAGCAUCGGAUUGCAAUUGAGGGUGAAAAUGAGAAAGGCAUUCCCGAUGGCAUUCAGGGCGGUUCGUUCCGCUUUGCUUUGACUGGUAAGACAUGGGCGAUCGUCAAGGAGCAUUUCCCGGAGAUACUUCCGACGAUUAUAACAUUCGGGACGGUGUUUGCUCGAAUGUCUCCCGACCAGAAGCAACACUUGGUCACGGAUUUGCAGAACUUGGGAUAUUACGUGGCUAUGUGCGGUGAUGGUGCUAAUGACUGCGGAGCGUUGAAGGCCGCCCAUACGGGAAUUUCACUAUCGGAAGCUGAGAGUUCGGUGGCUUCUCCGUUCACGUCCAAGAGUCCAACGAUCGCGUGCGUACCAAAAGUCAUUAAGGAAGGGCGAGCGGCGUUGGUUACAUCGUUUGGAAUUUUCAAGUACAUGGCUGCGUACUCGUUGGUGCAAUUUGUAUCGGUAUUGAUACUUUAUUCGAUAGAUUCCAAUCUGACGGAUCUGGAGUUCCUAUACAUAGAUCUCUUUAUCAUUUCGGUGACGGCGUUCUUCUUCGGCAAAACUUCAUCCUACGAUGGACCGCUGGUGAAAGCAGUGCCAUCUAAUUCGCUAAUAUCGCUGAGUCCUUUGCUCUCGUUAGGACUACACCUCAUAGUGGCGAUGGGUUUCCAAGUGGCCGGAUGGUAUCACAUUCAGGCCCAGCCUUGGUUCGUACCAUUCAACUACAGCGACGAACUGGCGUUGAACGAUCUCGGGUGCUACGAAAACUACGCCAUCUUCAGCAUAUCCUGCUAUCAGUAUAUCAUCCUCGCGAUUGUAUUCUCCAAGGGAGCCCCUUAUCGCAAGUCCAUCUUCUCAAACUACGGCUUCCUGAUCAGUAUCAUCCUCAAUACGGCUCUAUCGAUCGUGCUGACCCUGUACCCGCCGGUAUGGCUCCAGGAAAUCUUCCAGCUAGUCAUCCCCCAGGAGGACAUAACCUUCCGAGCCUAUCUGGUCGGGUACGGGUUGGCCAACUUCGUCCUGGCGCUGUUCAUCGAAAAGUUCAUCAUCGACGAGAUCGCGUUCAAGAAGCUCCGCUACCGGUGGCACAACAUCGCCAAGUCCCGGCGCAAGUACUUACUGAUCGAGCACAACUUCCGCAAGGAGGUCCAGCAUCCGAGCGACUUUAAAACCGUGCUCGGCUGGUCCAGCGAGAAGUACGAUUACUGACAUCACCUCCAGCGGGUGGUGAAAUUAGUGGCGAGCGUGGUGAUGGCGGAUCGGCGGGCGUGGCUUCUACGGCUACAGCAGCGGAUCGAUCUUCGGUAGCGACCGCUACGGCGGUCCGCAUUUUAUGGAAUCAUCAAGUCAGGAAGUUCCGUUUCAAGAUGCAGCAGCAGCAGCAAACUGCCAAGAGUUUAGGAUUUGAUUUUGUUAGAAUUUUGUAUCGAUGGAAAGCGAAUAGUUGCAUGAAUUAGGAUGAUUUUUUUAAACGCAAUUAUGAGUUCAGGAUAUUAGUUUACCGAACCGGUGGUUAGAGUUGUAAGUGCCAUAAUUGUAUUAUGUUCUCGUAAGAACCCCAGGACAAGCGCCAAGGCAAAUAAAGUUUCCACUUGUGAUAGCCGACCGUGGGCUGGCGAAUGUAGGAUUUUGGACGAACGUGUAAUACGGAAAGAUGACGACGAGUAGGAGGAGAAUUUUCAGAAGAAAAAUACAGGAAAUUUCGUAGCGCUGUGCAGAAUCGAAAUCAAAGAAAGACAAUAAUCAGAAGUUGUACAGAAGUAUUGAAAAAUUAUUCAACCCUAAUUAGCGACAAUUGCCAACCGGCUUUUGGAUGGCGUUUUUCUUCGCUUCUGCACGCAGAAAUUUGGUACACGUUUUACGGUCAGUGUAGAGGAUUUUGCGAUGGAAAUUGAUGAAAAAAACUUCAAUGAUAAACAUUUGAGUAUCUGUCUCAUUGCCCGAAUCAAACUCAAAUUGGACUUAAAAGUGACAGUUCAAUAAUCGCCGAAUAACUAUGCUCAAUGAGUAACAUUACUUUUCACCAACAACGAAUCGGUUUUGAUAGAUGUCUUAUUGUUUUCAUUGGACAACGUCAGCGAUUCUUAUGCCCAGGUGAUUUUUUAAUUUUCAAACUGUUACUUUCAAGUUUUUUUUAGUCAAAUUCGGGGACAGCUUAAGAGUCCAAAAAUAACCGCCAAACGAAAACCUCAACCAAUUUUUAAUAACCACAUCUUUGUCAUAUUGUAUUAGAUUCAUUCAUUUAUUGCAUAUCUAUUGAGCUCAUUAAUAACUGAAUGCAGUGUUGGGAAAUGUCACAAAAAUGCCAUGACACAAUGCCAUAAUCUACUCAAGCACAGAACAAAGUUUUAACAGAGGAUUGAAUAAGGAUUUGAAAAGAAAUUAAAUUGAAAUACUUUUCGAUUGCAAAAAGUCAGUCGUUCUACGACUAAAUAAAUAAACUCAACCAGAUAAAGAUCAGAAACAAAACAGUAAAUAGUGUAAUUUGUUAUCUUGUUAUCUUUGGUAGUGCAGUGAUGUGGUGCAAUGCUAAAGAAACUGCACUGAGUUUUAUGUUUAUGUUGCUACUCUUUUAAUUUCAUAGCCUAUUAUUACUGUCAAUAGUAGAAUAGGUCAAAAGAAACUCUAUCAACAGAUGUUAUUGCAAUUACAAAUCACGGUGGAAAUAUUUAAAUUUCGGUGCAGUAAAAGAUGCGGUUUCAUAUGGCUGUUAAGGUUAUCUCCAUUGGCACUCCUGAUGAUGUUGGUUAUGCAAUCUCACCAAGCCAAUGUUAAACAUUUUUCAUAUGCAUUGCGUAGAACUCAGUACUAGUUUUUGCUCUGUUCAAUCUUUAGUUCAACAGUUUACUUUAAAGUUUCAAUAGAAUGGGGUUUGUCUCAUGUUUAAACCUACAUCCUUCGCUUUCCUUACGCUGUUUACAUCGCAAAUUUCUCUACACUGCAUUAAAACGUGCACAACAUAAAUUGAAAAUAAAUGUUCAUUGCAUUUUACUUUUAAAGAAAUAAAUUAAUGAACAACCGGACAACUAUUAGUCCAUCAAUCUUCAUCUUAACAAGAGAACGGUCAAAUUAAACACAGAAAGAGCUCCAAUCAACUCUAUAAUAGUAACCAAUUCAAACUUAUCGGGGAAAAUAAAUAAAUUUUACCAUGUAUACAAGUGACACAUUCGCAUAUGAAGCUGAAUAUCAAACUAUUGGCAGUUUUAGGUUUAACAAAAUGGUACACAAAUUGACACAUUCUCAUACUUUAGUGUAACACCGUUAGUCAUAUGUGCGAGUCAAAAAAAGUACAGUUUCUAUCCAAAAUCUCUAGAGGAAAAUUAGCAAGUCACACCUUCGUUUCCAAGAAGCGAACGCCAUUUAGGGUCAGAUAGCAAAUUUUUCAGAAAACUCUGUAGAGUUUAGGUGCAAACUAUUAACCACAAAAAAAAAACAAAAAGCACUUCUCACAGCUGCACGCCUAGCGACUGCAAGCUGGAAAGAGUAAUCCAACCAAACGGCAAUGAUUUUGAUUUACUUCACUAUUUAAUAGGAUAAGCGGAAAAGCUCGUGGUGUUGGUCAGUAAUUUCGUUUGUAGUCAAUUUUCCAUAAGCAACUUCAUUUCUCAGUCCUACCGGGAAUAGACUUAAGUAAGUGUACGAGUUCGCCUCGGACAACUACCGCACACAACAAACUGUUAUACAAUAGAACAAUGGCUCCUUACUUGAUUAGACCUUUCCGAUUGUUGGAAUUUUCUUUACCAAAUAAGCGAUUAUUUCGAAUAGUACUAACUAUACCCAAACCAUAAACUGUUGUUGAUCAUUCAAAAUGAUGCACUCUCAGAGAAAACUGACUCUUCCUCACUGAAUCCACGAAAUACAUAGCAGUGUUUUUCGUAUCACGUAUCUAUAUGUAGCAAUUUAUUUCACAGAAACAUUUAAUACUAAAUAGUAACUUAUUAUGUGCAAGGAAAAAUUAUAUAAAUUUAAAAAGAAAACGUUUGCAACUGCUUAACAAUUUAUUGCAUUCAGGUCUAAUCGCUGAUCAAACUGAAUAUAUACAAUCGCACGCGAAGAAUUUGUCCACGAUAGACAGACGUUUGAAAGCAAAACGAUUGAUAGGAUGUUGAAUCAAAAACAGAAUUCUUAAUGCAAAACUCACACACUUGUACAUAUACCGGGGAAUAUUUUACAAACCAGCAAAUAAAGGUAACUAUAUCACGAA